GACACGUCAAAACGGCUGGCUGUGUAAUGUCUUUACUUUUGCCGCCACGCGCUCCUGUCGCACUGACGGUGCGUAAAGACCGAAGGCAGGACGCGCAGCGCAAUUGUGAUAGAAACUCCGCUCUCCAACGUUCCAAGUUACUUUAACCUCUCCCCGUCUACAAUUUCCAAUGAAGAUUUUGCUUAUUCCGUCAAGUUACUAUCCGUGAGAAUUCGCUUUUUUCGCCAUGAGCUGCUUGGAUGUUAUGUAUCAAGUGUAUGGUCCACCACCUCAGCCUUAUUUUGCCGCAGCGUAUAGCCCAUAUCAUCACCAGAAAUUGGCAUUUUAUUCCAAAAUGCAAGAAGCGCAAGAGAGCAUCAGCGGGGGCAGCUCGUUCUCAAAUCUCCCUGGGCCGACGAUAAAAGAGGAAGACUGCGCGCGCGAGAAGGAUCACCCUCCCGAGGCCGAGUACCUGAACUCGCGUUGCGUGCUCUUCACCUACUUCCACGGGGACAUCAGCUCGGUGGUGGACGAGCACUUCAGCCGGGCCCUCAGCCAGCCAACCAGCUACGUCCACGGGUCAACCAGCAACAAGUCCGCACGAGAUGGAUUAUUCCCGAUGAGCCAGAGGAGUUUCCCCCCAUCCUUCUGGAACAGUGCGUACCAGCCCUCGUCCCUGAGCAGUGCCUUAGGAUCCUCCUACUCAGACAUACCCUUCCCUGGGGACCCCUACUCCUCUGCCUCCCUACACAGUCACCUCCACCAGGCCACCCCAGAGCCCUGGCACCACUCACACCACCACCACCACUCUUACUCACUCGGCGGGGCCAUCGGCACCCAGGGCUCUCCCUACCCUCGACCCAGCAUGCACGAAGUCUACGGCACGCACUUUGACCCCCGCUACAGUUCUCUGCUGGUGCCCUCUGUCCGGCCGCACCGGCUCCCUCCAUCCACUGUCCCCGGACCCAGUGCCUCACCGUGUGACAUUGGGAAGAGCGAGUCAGCCAGCUCGGCCUGGACUGGGGCGUUCACAGGGGCAGGGGCAGACAUCAGCCAGAGCAUCGGCCUCAAUGUGGAUGCAGGUCUGCAGGCCCAGGAUAAGAGCAAGGACUUGUACUGGUUUUAAAGCUCUGCUGCCUUCCAGGCCUGAGCUGGCCUCUGUUUUUCUGCACUGUAUGAUAUUGACAGACAUUUUCUGUAACAGAUUCUAAUCUCACUUGCAGCUCGAUGCUACACCUUCAGUGGCGGAAACAUCCUCAGCUGAAAUUACUCCAUUGUGGAUACUCUCUGCUGGAAAUGCAGUGGACAAGGGAGAGAAUCUAACACUCAGUCUCUCCUACUUAAGAGAAAGGAGGGAAAAACCAUGCAGAACUUACUGGACAGCUUGCCAGAAAUGCUCUGUGGUGUGACUGACAAAUGUUAUCUGGCCAAGACUGAACACUUUCCUCCAAAGAGGACACUUGUUGAAAAAGAAAAGAGUGAAACUGGAACGUAAAAAUUUAGAUUUGACCAGAGCAUACUCGAAGACUGGAAAAACACUAUUUGCUAUUGUGGUUGGGUUUUUUUAUCUAUGAAAGGAGAGGAGCAAGAGAGAGGAGCAUUCUCUAACAUGACUGAAGUGAGCAGCYGCUAUUUGAAGCCAUUUGACUCUGUCUUGCUCCCCAGCAGCUGUCAACGACAACUGUUUCAGUACUCAAUAGACACACACAAUUGUAGUGUCACUGCACAGUGUUUGACCAGGGGCUCUAGACUUCAUAAAUUGAGCAUUUUGUCAAAUCUGGACRCCGACCCAUUGGGAACAACUGGUUUGACUGGUGAUUUUGAGGUGCGGGGUGGACAGGAGGUAGCAGAAGUGGACAUGCACAACUGUGCUAUGUAUGUCUGUGUGCCAUAUCUGGGCAGUGCUACAGUAUAUGUGAUCUUUAUGUACUUAUUCCUCAUUGUUUUUCAGUCAUCCCAGGUAUAAAGCAAAGUCAAAAUCAAACAGUCAUUAUCCAUGGUAUAUUGUAUUGUGAACAUAUUAAUAUAUUGACCUUUUAAAGUAUUUUUUCUUGAUACAGUUGUAAUGUAAUGUCAAUGUGUUGUAUGCCUCAGCCUGUAAUUAUAAAGCAAUGGGACAAUGUGAUUAAAACUCAACUUUAGACUCUG